ACAGGGAACCCUCUUGCUUUGAGCUGACUUUCUCAAGGGGUCUUUUGACUUUCUGCUAUCCUGCAGACAGAACAGAAGGAGUGUAAACAGUGUUUAUAAUAUGUUUUGUAACUAGUUUGCCAUUUUCUCGUUUUGCUAUUUAAUAUAGGUUAAAGCAGUCACACAUUUAAAUACUUAAUCAAGCCUGACGGUUGUUGCCAGGUCUGAUUUUACUUAGCAUAGAUACCAAGGCUAACGUUACUUUUCAAGGAUGCAGGUGCAGAGAGUCGUUCUCAACUCACGACCAGGUAACAACGGGGUGCCAGUUCCUGAACAUUUCCGCCUGGAGGAGACGACUUUGGUACCUGAACUGAAAGAUGGGGAAGUCCUUGUUCGGACGCUUUGCCUCUCAGUCGACCCUUACAUGCGAUGCAGAAUGAAUGAAGACACCGGUGUUGAUUAUGUGACUCCGUGGCAGCUGUCUGAGUGUGUGGAUGGUGGAGGUGUUGGCGUGGUUGAGUCCAGCCGCUGCAGUACUUGCAGUGAGGGAGAUAUGGUCACUUCAUUCAACUGGCCUUGGCAGACCAAUGCUGUCAUGAAAGGAAGUGUCUUGCAGAAGGUUGAUCCACAGUUGGUUGAUGGACACUUGUCCUACUUUUUAGGUGCAGUUGGUAUAACAGGGCUCACUGCACUGUUGGGCAUAAGAGAGAAGGGCAAUGUGACCAAAGGGGCCAAGCAGACCAUGGUGGUGAGUGGCGCGGCCGGGGCCUGUGGCUCCAUAGCUGGACAGAUUGGCAGGAUGGAUGGUUGUGUGAGAGUGGUUGGGAUUUGCGGGUCUGAUGAGAAGUGCAGAGCUUUAGUAGAUGACCUGGGCUUUUCUGCAGCCAUCAACUACCGCCAAGAGGACGUCCCUACGAGGCUUAAGGAGCGCUGCCCUAAUGGGAUAGAUGUUUACUUUGACAACGUGGGCGGUGCCAUCAGUGAUGUUGUAAUCGCACAGAUGAACAACAACAGCCAUGUGGUCCUGUGUGGGCAGAUCUCACAGUACAACAAAGAUGUGCCGUAUCCUCCGCCCCUGAGUGAGGAGAUACAGGAAACCCUGCGAAGGAAGAAUAUCACCCGGGAGCGAUUUACAGUGCUUAACUACAUGAACAAAGCAGACUCUGCCCUCUGUGAACUCAGCCAGCUAGUUAAAUCAGGCCAAAUCAAUGUGCUGGAAACUGUGGUGGAUGGCAUUGGAAAUAUGGGAGAUGCAUUUUGCUCUAUGAUGAAGGGGGGAAACAUUGGCAAGCAAAUAAUAAAGCUAUCGGAGUGAAGAAAAUGACUAGCUGCUCUCAUCAGACGGACAUCUUGGGAAAUGAACACUGCAGUAGCCUUUGUCACACUGCCAUUAACACUAAUUUAAUGAACUGUAGUACGAUAUUGAAUAACAAUGAUUAACCAUAAAUGAAAAAUAACACCAUGUUCUUUGAAAUUGUGUUAUUGAGAAAAAGAAAAGUAAUGUUAGAUAAGUCUUGAAUUUGAAUACUUGUUGAUUUUAAACCUUUUGGAAAUUGAUGCAGAAGUUUAAUAAAUGUAUUGUACAAUA